AUGCUGAGACUUUUGGGCAGAACCGCUCCAGCCUUCAAAUACCUCAGCGGCUUUGGGUUUUUCGAACCGCGCGUGAUCCUCUCGUGGGACAUCCCGGUGAGUGUGUUCCCUUCCCUCCACGGCCCGCCACCCACACCCACCCCCGCAGCUACAUCCCCGCGGGCCUCACUUUGGGGAUGUUGGGGAGCGGACCACUCUGUCGUGCUCUACUUGCUCCUGUCGCUUGCCUGUCGUCCCCCAAAGUUUUUUCCUCUUUUUUUCCAUCUCUUCCACCGGGAGACGUCCUGA